GUCAUUAUCCGCUCGCAAGGCGAGGAGGUGCCCCACGGCUUCACCUGCAUCGAGACCACGACCUCUGGCCACCCUGUGGACCUCAAUGCUGGGCUGCUCAACAACCCCCAGAUGUACAUAUGUUACAAGCGGGGCCGGGACAAGCUGCCCCUCAUCGAGCUGGGGGUGCACUAUGAGGGCAAGGACCGCCCGAAGCCAGGCUACAAGAUCUUGGACACGACCCCCUUCCUCAUGUACCGGAGGGCGGCCGAGUCGCAGGGCCACAACACGCUGGGCGUCACCGACAUCUGCCUCGUCAUGCCGAGCAAGGGCGAGAGCACCCCUCACACCUUCUGCCGGGUGGACAAGAACCUCAACACCAGCAUGUGGGGCCCGGCGCUGUUCCUGUGCUACAAGAUCGCAAUGGCCAAGGCCAACACGCUGGUGUACGAAGCAGGGCUUCUGGGCCGCUACCCUGAGCAGGACAGUGAGUCCUUCCCUCUCUACGACGGCUUCCCCACCCUGCGCCUCGACCUCCUGGAGCGCUCCCAGGACCAGCUGAUGGCCCAGCUCUGCCAGGCCAAGAGCAGUGCCCCCAGCAGCCCUGCCCCACGCAGGACCAAGCAGGAGAUGAAGGUGGCCCAGCGCGUGGCACAGAAAUACUCCUCAGUGCCCGACAUGUGGGCCAAAUGCCUGCUGGGGCACUGCUACGGGCUGUGGUUCAUCUACCUGCCCACAUAUGUGCGCGCGGCCACCUCCAAGGUCCGGGCGCUCCAGCUGGCCUAUGAGGUGCUCAAGAAGAUGGAGGCUCACAAAGUGGUGCUGCCGGACGAGGUAGGAGACAUGUGGGCCUCCUGGCGCGCGGUGCUGCGGUGA